CAAAACUUUAGAUUCUACUCGUGGACGACUCCUAAAUGCAAUUGAAAUCAGUAAAUAUGUUCAGAUUGUCCCAAAGACAGAAAGCGAAGAUGUGAUUGGACUCAUGUGGAAGGUGAUCCUUGUAAUCCAGCUCCAUGGAAUGGGUUAUAUGCAGCUCCGGCACACCGCCAAGAAUUACUAAGCUGUGGCUGGAUGGUAACUCCUUCACUGGGCCAAUCCCUGACUUAAGUAACCUUGUCAACUUCACUAUUGUGCAUCUGGAGAACAAUGGACUGACAGGUACACUGCCUUCUUACCUGGCUGAUUUGCCAAGCAUAAAUGAAUUGUAUGUCCAGAACAAUUCUUUAAGUGGAGAAAUACCGCCGACAUUUCUUACUGGAAAAAUAGUAUUUAAGUAUGAUAGCAAUUCUCAGCUAGUUCAAAGGGGCCACCACAACAGGAAUUCUAAAUUGAUAAUUUGGGCUUCAAUUGGAGCAGUUUCAGUUUUUGCAGUUCUGCUCCUAGGAAGCUUAUUACUGUUAUGUAAUGCUCCAGGAAAGUCAUAUCAGGAGAAGAGUAAUAACAGAUGUAAUUCUGCACAUGUAAUAUCAAAGCGUUCAUCUUCCUACUCUCUUUUUCAUGGUGGAUCCCUGAUGGAUGAAGCUCUAGAUAUGGCUUACUAUAUCACACUCUCAGAUAUAGAAGAAGCUACUCAAAAUUUUUCAAAGAAAAUUGGGAAAGGAAGUUUUGGACCUGUCUAUUAUGGCAAGAUGAAAGAUGGAAAAGAAGUGGAAGUUAAGAUCUUGGCUGAUGCAUCUAGCCAUGGGAACCACCAGUUUGUCAAUGAGGUUUUGAACGUCCUUUUAAUCUUGAAUGGCCAAUUGCUUAAGAUUUUACUGAUGUAGACCUUGAAAUGAUAUAGUUUAUGGUUCAUGGCCCGGUUAUAUAAAAGUGAAACUGCUACCAAAUGCUGUGCCCUCUAAUGUAAGUUGGUGUUACCAGUGCUGUCACUAUUAGGGAGCUGAAGUCCAAGACUCCAUUUCAUGUGAAUACUUAUAGUAGGUGUUUGUUAGUAAGACCAAAAAAUACGAGACCAGGGGCUUUCGUGGUUAGAUGGAUGAUGACGAUUUCUCCAGUUCCAAUCCUGUGUAUCAUGAUCCUUGAGGCCGUAACAUAAUUGUUGAUAAAACGUAGUACAUCCGCAGUGACAAUGGUUGAACCACAAAUUAAUUCAGGAAAAUAAGGAAUUGCCCUGAGAUAGGUCAUCCAUAAAGUUAUUCUAUCCUGCUUUUGUACUUAUUUCUUUUGUUCUUUUAAUAGAGAAAUGCUGAAACUAUGGCGUUUUAUUUUGGUAUGUGUUCCUUAAUUAGCAGUUUCUCAAUUAGUACAAACUUAACAAUUUAACUA